AUGGCUCCAUCACGGGCCUUCACGAGGUUAGCCGCGCUACAGCGAGCCCGGCCAGCGGCGUGUCGCAGCUCUGCAGUCCCUCGAGCAUACCACUCCUACGACCACCCACCACCGCCGGGCAGCUUCAACACAGCCGAACAAGCCAUCCUCUCGGCGGCAUAUCGGCACGUACCCGAACACGGCUUUACCCAGCACACCCUGUCGCUCGGGGCGCGAGAGGCUGGCUACCUCGACAUCAGCACGAACCUACUUCCCGAGGGCCCUUUCAGCCUCAUCCGAUACCACCUCGUCACACAGAGGGAAGCACUCGCGCCGCGAAGCGAGACCGUAUUCGGCGGCGGCAGCGAGAAGAACCCCGGCCACCCGCCGCUGCAGGUUUCCGACAAGGUCGAGCGGCUGGCCUGGGAGAGACUACAAGGGAAUAAGGACGUCAACCACCGGUGGCAAGAGGCCCUAGCCGUAAUGGCCCAACCAACGCACGUGCCCGCUUCCCUCCGCGAGCUGGCCCUCCUUGCCGACGAGAUCAUCUACCUAGCGGGCGACGCCUCGGUCGAUCCAUCAUGGUACGCGAAGCGCGGCGCCCUGUCGACGGUCUACGCGUCGUCGGAGCUGUUUAUGACCAACGACCGCUCCCCAGGGUUUGGAGAGACGCGGCAGUUCCUGCGCCGGCGCCUUGACGAGUCGGCGCGCGUGGGAUCCGCGAUUGGCAACGUCGCUCAGUGGGUCGGAUUCACCGCUUCGGCCGGCGUGAAUGUGCUUAGAAGUACCGGGGUGAGGAUAUGA